AUGGCCAAGGGUGACUCCACUGUGCGCUGCUUCCAAGGCCUUCUGAUUUUUGGAAAUGUGAUUAUUGGAGAAAAGUGCUGUGGUGUGAAUGGUCCAUCAGACUGGCAAAAAUACAAGUCAGCCUUCCGGGAUGAGAAUAAUGAUGCUGACUACCCUUGGCCUCAUCAGUGCUGCGUUAUGGACGCUCUCUAUAAGCCACUCAAUCUCGACGCCUGUAAACUUGGUGUGUCUGGUUACUAUCACAGCAAGGGCUGCUACGAGCUGAUCUCAGGACCAAUGAACCGACAUGCCUGGGGUGUUGCAUGGUUUGGAUUUGCCAUUCUCUGCUGGACUUUCUGUGUUCUCCUGGGCACCAUGUUCUAUUGGAGUAGAAUUGAAUACUGAAAACAAGAGUGGCACCAUUGUUCUUCAUUCCUCCCAA